GUCUGGUCGAGAAACAAUUCAUUCUGAUGGUUAACACUGCGUUAAUGGAUUUUUAUACCGUCUCUCAUACAGCUAAUUGAAGUUUUUCAAGAAUGAAGACAUUUUUUAGAAUGAAAGUUUCUUUUCUUUUUUUGUGUUUGUUUGGAUACGCCCAAUUUAUUGUUGGCAAUUUUUUAAUUGCACCAAAUGAAUUAUUAACUUUACAUCAUCACGGUGGCCACGAUGUAAAUUAUUACACGAACACGUGGUAUUUCUAUUCCCCGGAGAAUACUGAAAAAAUAAUAGAAUCCAUUUCAAUUCAAGGGUUUACAAAUCUCGAACAGGUCGAAGGCGUGCCUAAUGUUUAUAAAGUACGAAAGGCUGAUCAUCCAGAAAAUAAUGACCAUCAUAGUAAUGACAUUACUAGAACUCUAGAAGAUUACAAACAGGUGAUUUGGGUCAAACAAGGAUUUACGAGAAAUCUGCACAAAAGAGGACCUAUAGAUGCCCAUAGCAGAUACGAGCGAUAUUUUAACGAUGAACUUUGGAGUUUGCAGUGGUAUGAGCAAGAUUACCGUAGUGAUAACGACUCGCCACGGUUAAACAUGAACCUAGUACCUGUGUACAAUGAACUUAAGUACACGGGCAAAGGAGUUCGGGUUGCAGUUAUUGAUGAUGGAUUGGAGCACACUCACGAUGAUAUUAAAGAUAAUUACGAUAAAGACAUUAGCAUUAAUUUGAAUUGGAACAAAACAGACCCAAUGCCCAGGUAUGGUGAAUUUUUGGAAAACAACCAUGGGACGAGGUGUGCCGGAGAAAUAGCGAUGGCUGCAAAUAACAACAAGUGUGGAGUUGGGGUAGCUUACAACGCAAAAGUAGGCGGAAUCGUAUUGCUUGACGGUAAGACCAAUGACGAGUUGGAAGCAAGAGCUUUAAUACAUGCCUUGAAAUUGGUUCAUAUUUAUAAUGGAUCUUGGGGACCGAAAGACAACGGCAUGUUAGUUGAUGGACCGGGUCCUAUAGGACAAUUGGCAUUUCACAUUGGAGCUACUAUGGGCCGAGGUGGUAAAGGCGCAAUAUAUGUAUUUGCAUCUGGAAAUGGUCGUUUGUUGUAUGACAAUUGUGCUGCAGACGGUUAUGUGGGAAGUAUUUACUCGUUGGUUAUCGGUAGUGCUACGCAUGAAGGCAAAGCUCCUUUGUACGCCGAACGAUGUGCGGCUGUUAUAGCGACUGCAUAUUCCGGCGGUCUUAUCGAUGACAUCAAAGUUGUUACAUCAGAUAUCAAUAAUACUUGUACUACAAGGCAUACCGGGACCUCGGCUGCAGCCCCAUUAGCAUCUGGAAUAGUGGCCUUAGCACUGGAAGCCAACGAAGAGUUGACCUGGAGAGACGUUCAUCAUUUGUUAGUAAGGAACUGUGAAAUUGAACCUUUGUCAAAAAAUGAAGGUUGGAAAGUUAACGCAGCAGGCUUCCAUUUUAAUCCUCAAUUCGGAUUUGGUCUAAUAAACGCUUAUAGCCUAGUGAAAGAGGCAAUGUCUUGGAAAAAUGUACCAGAAAAGACCAUAUGCGCAGUUGAAUUUUUGAUUCAUGAUAACUUCGACAACUUCGGUGGAGGUAAAAGCUUUGUUAAGUCAACAAAAUCAGAUGGUUGUAACGGAAACGUCAAAUAUUUGGAACACGUUCAAUUGAGUAUUAGUAUUCAGUACCCAAUUCGUGGGCUGAUUGAAGUGGAUCUAAUGUCACCAAACGGAACACUGUGCAAAAUGAUGGAAUCCCGGCCUUUGGACGUGUCGAAUGAGGGGUUUAUCGAGUGGAAAAUCAAAUCCUUGCAAUUUUGGGGUGAAAACCCAUUGGGCGAAUGGACAGUGUUUGUUAAAGACGAGAUUCCUUUCGAAGGUCUCAAGUUAGUUGGACAAGUUGAAAAAGUCACACUGAUUUUGCAUGGAACACUGGACUACCCUUAUAAUGUGAAUAAGUAAACCAUUUUGAUAAAAAUGUAUACUUGUUGUAGUAAAACUAAAAAUAACAUGAAAUAAUAA